UUUUUGGUUUUUCUUUUUUUUCAGUUGCUUUGUUAAAAACAAAAUGUACACAUAUAGUUGUAUAUUUUUUUUUUUUAUAUCUGUAUUGAUAUUUGUCAAAGCGCAGUGGGAAGUUUUGUUGUAUUUCAUUUUGCCUUCACUAUAAUCAAAAAGAAACAGAUAAAACACAAAAACAUUUGGAAAAACUUUGUCGGAGAACUGAAACCGAAAAAUACUUUCAAUCGAUUCUAUCAAUUAGCGAUGGAAGCGCAGGCAGAUGAUGGAUCGGUUUCGGAUUUGGAUUCAGAAUCGGUGGGUUUAUAACUAAUGCAACGCAAGCACUAAUCGUAUAGCUACGAAUAUACUAAAAACGUGUACUGUAUGAGGCGGGAGGUGACUAAUGGGGACUCUAAUGAAUGAAUGUUAACGAUACGAUAUGAUAAUUGCCCUGGAUAUACUAUACUAUAUAUAUUUGUGGUGUUAAAUAAGUCCGAUCGGAGAACGAGUCUUUCGUAACUCCCAUUCAUAAGUCGGACAGCAACUGGAACUCGCAAACUGGAAACUGGAGAGUGGUAGUGAAGCAGGUGUAGGGCAAAUAAAGUUCAGAUCUCUCACUCUGUUGGCGAUUUAACAAGUGGCUCGUGCCCAGGUGAACUACCCCACUGUGGCUGAUUAUAAUGCUAAUUAAUGCCCAGUCAUGAUGUUGAUCGAAGCAACCAGCCAACUAGCUAAUGGUCUGGGUUUUCUGAUCCAAUCACACUCAUUCGCGAUUCGAACUAAUCACACUCAACCACUGACGCAAAGCCCGAAGACACCUGUGAAAUCUGAGGUUUUGCACUAACCCAAGAGAAAGAACUCUCUCCCAGGGAUUAUUCACCUUGAACCUGUUCCAAGACUGCGGGUUGUCAGGUCGUUCUGAUUGAUUUCGACAAUGCAAUUAGCCGCAAUUAAUGGCAGACUAUCUAUAUUAGCUGCAGUCAGGUAUAUGAAAUCAUGCCAAAAGUAUUUUAUAAUAUCGAAAAUUCAUCACCGUUCGGAGACAAAGACGCGGGGCAAUUUACCUUACCAAAGCGCUUAAAUCACAUAAUGAAUUAUUUAAGUCCAGCAUGAAUCAUACUACGUAAUUUAAAAAAAAAAAAAGAAAAAAACAACUCAAGAUCAAGACUCAAGCUCGAAAUUUCGCAUGUCGACCUGAGUGGCUUACCAAAUGAUCUAAGAGAUGCAAAUCCGUAAGACAAAUAAACGCUCAAAUUGUCACUCAACCUGUUUUUCGAAAUGUAAUGUAAUUGAAUAUCGAAAGCGAGAAAUCAAAAUCGGAAGCAUUGGCUACCCGCCAGGUUGACCUCUAAAGCCAGUUCCAAGAAAUGGCGCAAAUAUUCCUGGGAUCCACUCGUGACGUAGUGACAAUUUGUUUACGCUCCAUAAAUGGAUUAGUAAACAAGCGAAUGAUAAUACGUUAUCCGAGUGAUAACCGGAUCGGAGCCCCCAUCGAUGCACUCAGCUGGAGAGCCGAGAGCUUAAGUCAGAGCUUGGCUUCGGAACUUGGCAGUUCGAUUGCGGUCGGUGCUGUAAUCCGAGGGUUUAUAUAUAACUUGGCGAAGGCGCGCGUCGUCAUUUAGUAACGAAGCCUUAACCAAACCGCAUCGGACCGCGUAAAUUACCCGAGGCACAAUGUUUCAAAAAAGGAUUAUCGAGUUGAUCACGGUUCUCGUGUAUUGGAUGAUUAUUACACCAACGGUCUACAAAUACUGCACACAAAAUGGAGUAGUAAGGGUUAGUUUCGACACCCUGGUGGGUACAGUGGGUGAUCACUGCACCCUAGCCCUUAUCUUGAUGAUUGGAUACGUCGUCUUCUAUCGCGUCAUCAUAUUCAUCUACAUGAAGCUGAAGGUCUGCGAUAUUCAGAUGUGGAGCGAACUGCAGAGGGCCAAGGAUGAUCCGGAGGCACAUUUGGACAAGAAGUCUUACUAUCAACCCGUUUCCACCGAGAAUCUCGAUGUCGUGGACUCUGGCAAGAAGAAGAGUAAAGCGCCACCUACUCCGAGAAUGAUAAGAACCAUCAGCGAUCCGCUGCUCAUCGAAAGCGAUUUGGCUCGCAUUCAUAUUAAACAUGAGACACGACCACUGGAAAUUGCCACCCUACCCAGAUUGCAGCAGGCACAGGUCCAUUCCACACCAGUUCCCAGCCUGAGAAGUGCACCACCCGUGCCCACAAAUACAGAAAUAUGCCACUCUGCCGAAUAAACACAACCAAGAAGUGAUUAUGUCUCCCAAGAUUCUGAUGCCCAGAACCCAACAGGUGUAGACAGCCAGAGUGAUAAGUGCCUUAAAGUUGGCUCAUUAUAAUGACCAACAGCUUAUGGGCUUAGUUUCUGUGAAAUUCUGAGCUCAACUUCAAAAGGACUAAGUCCGCACCAAGUAUUAGCUACUGCCCAAAGAUCGAUAAUCGAAAAAAUACACGAAAUUAGUCAAUCAACACAUUCCAGUGUACUCGUUCGAGCGAGCUAAAUGAAUUAUUUAGUUAGUGAAUAUUAUAUAUUUAUUUUUAGUCGUAAGGUAGCUAUUGUUAUCAAUGCGUAUUAAGCAUGAGUUUAUUAAAAACGAAAUAAAUCCA